AUGCGGCUGAGGAUGCAGCUGGGAGCAUGAGUUCUGACCGAGAGGAGUAUGACAUGGUCUGUCAGAGAGCUGUGACCCUAAUUGUUGACCUCUGCCUGCACAACAGCACACUGUUGGAUCAGGACACCUGUGAGGAUUUCCUCUUCCUGUUGUCCAGCCAAGGCUUUGUCCAUAAGGAAAAGAACGCUACUUUUGGCCUCCUGCUUGGUGUGUUUGUGGUCUGUGGCCUGGCUCUGGUGGGCCUCCUUGCAUUCAUCUCCUGGAAGCUGUGCUGGGUGCCUUGGCGGACUAAGGCCCAUUUCCCCAGUCCAUCCCUCACCCCAGCCUGUGGCCCAGAGCACUGCCCGCUCCCGUCGCCCCUCCCACUGCCCAGUCCCCAGCAUACGCCAGUCACCAUGGCGACAGAGAAGGUGAAGGACCCCAUGGGCUCGAUGGGCUUCCUGGAGGCAGCAGUGAAGAUAAGCCAUACAUCUCCUGACAUCCCCACUGAUGUGCAGCUCUCCAUGAGGGAGCACUUCCUGCGCCGCACACAACGCAUGCAGAGACAAACCACUGAGCCAGCUUCCUCCACUCGGCACAAUUCAUUUAAAAGGCACCUGCCCAGGCAGAUGCAGGUAAGCAGUCUUGACCUGGGAAAUGACUACAUGGUAGACAAAGACGAAAAGCCCACCAGCAUUGGUCGCAUCCAGCCAGAGCUCUACCAACAGAAGACCCUGGAAUCGGACGAUUCAUCCAAGAACGACAGCAAAAACUGUGGCAGGAUUAACUUCUCUCUCAAGUACGACUACGAAAACGAGGCCCUCUUGGUCAACAUCCUCAAGGCUCUAGAUCUGCCCGCCAAAGACUUAUGCGGCACGUCUGACCCAUACGUGAAGGUCUACCUGCUGCCCGACCGCAAGAAGUUCCAGACUCGCGUCCACCGGAAGACUCUCAACCCUACAUUCAGCGAGAGCUUCCAGUUCCCCGUGCCUUAUGACGAGCUGCCCGCCAGGAAGCUCCACAUGAGCGUCUUUGACUUUGACCGGUUUUCCCGGCACGAUAUGAUCGGAGAGGUGGUGCUCGACAACUUGUUUGAGACGUCAGACCUCUCCAGGGAGACGGACAUAUGGAGGGACAUCCAAUAUGCCACCAGUGAAAGUGUUGACCUUGGAGAGAUCAUGUUUUCACUUUGCUACCUGCCAACUGCAGGUAGACUCACACUUACUGUCAUCAAGUGCAGGAACCUCAAAGCCAUGGACAUCACCGGAUACUCAGAUCCUUAUGUCAAAGUGUCCCUCAUAUGUGACGGGAGGCGUUUGAAAAAGAAGAAGACAAGUAUAAAAAAGAACACGCUGAAUCCAACCUACAAUGAGGCCAUCAUCUUUGACAUCCCACCAGAUAGUAUGGAUCAUGUCAGCCUGCACAUCUCUGUCAUGGAUUACGAUCUGGUAGGUCAUAAUGAGAUCAUUGGUGUGAUGAGGGUUGGAUGCCAUGCUGACGGACUUGGCAGGGAUCACUGGAACGAAAUGCUGGCGUAUCCACGCAAGCCCAUUGCACACUGGCACCCCCUGCUGGAGUCUAAGAAAUCUGAGAAGGAGUGGAAGGCGAGGACAGCCAGCUUUGACAGCCAAGGCUCCUGCCCCUCACCCCGGCCCCCUGCCAGUCCCUGAGCAGAGCCACCUGCGACCCAGAAGCCCAGAAGGGGGUUUCCUCCCUCCUGCUGAUCCACUUCCUGUCUGUCUGAUUGAAGAGAAACCCAACCCUACUGUCUCUCUAUCUUUCUAUAUCCUCCCCGUCCUCAAGUCUAGUCCUGAGAGAACCAAGAACCAAUCUAGGACCACCACCAGUCCGCUAGUUGUGUGAAGCGCAUCGUCUUUUCAGGUUAAAGUUUUAGACUCUCCGAUUUGAAAUGUGGACAGUGUGAUGAUCCAGAGCCGCCCCUUGUUGUCCUCAGAGGAGACCGGCUGGACAAAUAUUUAAUGUUGGGUUGUCCAGGCCGAGGCAAACAGAUAUCUUUUUCCUGACAGGAGACUGCAGCUGUGUGCUACAGAGACUCUUUGAUGUGGUGGGGGGAAAAAAUAACUGAAAGCAGCAGAAGUUUCACAUGGGGAAGUGGAGGACAUGUUGGAAGUUGAAAAAGAGAAGAGAAUCUGAAGAAAUCUGCAGCUCUCGUUGAAUUUUACAGCGGUGUGUUUGUAUAAAACAACACUGAACAAUACUUUGGCAUUUUGAAAACUAUUAGAUGUAAAAAAAAA